AUGCGGAAGCGGUGCGCGGACAUCCUGAUGCGGCUGCGGAGAUCGAAGAAAAGCGUGUGGUUCAACUCCCCCGUCGACGUGGAGGGCCUCAAGCUCCACGACUACCGCGCCAUCAUACGGAGCCCCAUGGAUCUCGGCACCGUCAAGCAGAACCUCACCGCUGGCCGGUUCCCCUCGCACGAGGCGUUCGCCGGCGACGUCCGGCUCACCUUCAACAACGCGCUGCGGUACAACCCGCCCGACCACCACGUGCACAGGUACGCCGGCAACCUCCUCGCCUCGUUCGAGGGGAUGUACAAGGAGGCCGUCUCGUGGUUCGAGCAGCAGCGCCAGCAACUCGAGCCACCAAUGCAGCUCGAUCUGCCGCCGCCUCCACCACCACCACCACAGCUGCCAGUUUCUGUGCCAGUGCAAGCGCCCCUGAGGAUGGGGGGUGGGAGGAAGCCCAAGCCCAAGGCGAGGGAGCCAAACAAGAGGGAGAUGGAUGAGGAGGAGAAGCAGAAGCUGAGGGUGGAGAUUGAGAACCUGCCCGAGGAGAAGAUGCUGAAUGUGCUGCAGAUUGUGCAGAAGAGGAACAGUGAUCCAGCAUUGACGGGGGAGGAGGUGGAGCUUGAUUUUGAUGACCUGGAUGUCGAGACCAUGUGGGAGCUUGAUCGAUUUGUGGUCAAUUGGAGGAAGGCGCUAAAGAAGAACCAGCGGAAUUCUAUGAUGAAUGGUGAUGCUGCUGCCAUGAAUGGACACGCCAUCGAUGUGACAAUUGUUCCGGAUGAUGAUGACAUGGUCGAGGUUGCUGUCAAUCCGUCUGUGGUGGUUGAAAUUGGAGAGUCCGAGACUGACAUUCCAAAGAAGAGGGAAAUGGAGGCGGAGGACGAGUAUGUGGAUAUCGGUGAUGAGAUGCCAACGGUGAAUUACCAGUCGGUGGAGAUUGAGCGGGAUUCCCCAGCAGCUAGCAGCUCAAGCGGAUCAGGAAGUGGCUCAUCUUCAUCCAGUGAUUCUGACUCGGACUCUGAAUCUGAUGGGGAUGAUGCAAGCGCCCCGCACUAG